UCAUUCACACAAGCAUGGCCUUCAAUUUAAAAUUUUGGAUUUGUGACUGAGCGCAAUCAUUUUGGUGUUACGAGUUUAUUUAUUUUUGUAUUUACAAAAUAUUCAUUUUAAUACGUGUUUUCUCCUUUUGUGGUUAUUAAUUGUCUGUUAUUCCUUGGACAUCUAUAUUUUCAUUGAGCAGAAAUGGCAGGAACAGACAUGGACCCUGAGGUGGCUCUGGGAUUGUUUGAAGAAGGCGCCACGCUGGUCUUACUUGGUGUUCCUGAGGGAACUGAGUUGGGAAUUGACUACAAAACCUGGACUUUGGGUCCUCGGUUCCGCGGGGUGAAGAUGAUUCCUCCAGGACUUCACUUCCUCCACUACUGCUCGGCCAACACUAAUGGCGCCUGUGGUGAGAUCGGUCCCAAAACGGGUCUGUUCCUCACCCUGAAACCACGGGAGGUGAUCGUAGCACACUGGAACAUGAGAGAAGAAGAUCUGGACUUCUCUCAGAACCCAGAUGAGGUUGAGCAAAUGAGGGCCAAUAUUCAAGAACUGGAUGCAUAUUUGGGGCCCUACCCGUAUGACACCCUUCGAAAGUGGGUGUCCCUCACCGAUAGACUCAAUCAGGAGGUUGCUAGUGCACUGCAACCACUCAGUGGUCGGGUGUGUGCCUUCAGUGAUGUGAUCCCAGAAGUGCAGCUGACCCAUACUAAAGACAGGGAGGAGCAGAAUCUUCCUCGCAAUGAUCGGGAAUGUCAGAAUAUGAAGGAGGGGUUGGACAGACUUCCUCGGAUGAAACUAAGAGAAGGCACAGAGUUGCGCUUUUCCAACAUUCCCAAACAGGCAUACCCGCCAGGCGCCACACCUGCUCAGAUCACUCAGUAUAGUAUGGAUCUGAGCUACUCUCUCAACUGCGUAAUUGAGAGCCAUUAUAAAGAGCAGCCGCUCAAUGUACUAGGAGAACUGCAGUUUGCAUUUGUAUGUUUCAUCAUUGGUAAUGUGUAUGAGGCGUUUGAGCACUGGAAGACACUACUGGCUCUGCUGUGUCGCUCUGAGGAUGCCAUGAGAGAGAGGAAAGACCUGUAUCUGGGACUCAUCGCUGUGCUCUAUCAUCAGCUGGGAGAAAUCCCUCCAGACUUCUUUGUGGAUAUCGUUUCCCAGAACAACUUCCUCACCUCCACACUGCAGGACUUUUUCCAGUUUGCCAGCAGCCCAGGGGUGGACAGCACAUUACGGAAAAGAGCUGAUAAAUUUAAAGCCCAUCUGACCAAGAAGUUUCGGUGGGAUUUUGAUGCAGAUCUUGAAGACUGUGCUCCAGUGGUGGUGGAGCUUCCAGAGGGAGUCACGGUGGACUAAAGCUGUAUCUGAGAUCCACUUUCAUACUAUGCUUGAAACUGCAUGCUUCAUUCUUUUCACAUGAACACCGCUAAUGUAAUUUCAUAUAACAUUCAUAGUACUGCAGCAACAAUAUAUUCUCCUGUCACUGUCUGAAAUGUUUUUGACCAAUGCAUUUGAUUAAAGUUGGUUGUU